AUGAUUCCUUCACACCCCUUCAUUCCUCGGACUUUAGCCUCUGGCCCGGUCAAAGCGAGACGAGAGAGUACGCCGUUCGAACAUAGCCCUAUCAGAAGACUGGAAUAUUUCUCCUGUAAUGCUAAUCGUGGAGAUGGGGAACAGGAGGAAAAGGUUGCGUUCGUCCAUGUGGAGCAUCGUGCCGCGGACGACUACUCUGUUCGAUUCACCGACAGACAGACAGUUCAGCUGCUACGUCGCAAGUUGUUGAAAGCGGCCAGUAUCCUCCAGGCUUCAACCGACAUAGGAUGCAUGAUCAAAGCCCGGUUUGAGAAGAGCAAUUUGUUCACUGCCGACUUACUCAAUGUCCUGAUCACUGAGCUCGAUGACUACAUUGCAGAGGCUACGUAUUACCGACGUUGUGUGGACGACCUCCUACAAAGAUCAUGGGACACCAACAACUUGUUGACCAACAUCCUGGAAUACCGUGUCGGCUCUUCAACCCUUGAAACCAGCAAGACGAGUGACUCAGCCUUGCAGAAGAUGAAGGAAAUCGCUGUGCAGGGAGAAUGGGACAAUGAAUUGAACCAGAAGACGUCCAUCACGACUAAAGCCCUGACAGUGGUGGCCACGAUCUAUUUACCAGCAAGCUUGUUGUCGGGCCUCUUCUGCUCCAAUCUUGUCCAAAUUGACGCAAAUAAUCAUCUCGUCGCCGUCCAGGACUUUUGGAAAUUUGUGGUCAUUUUGAUGCCGAUGAUGGCAGGAACGUUUGCUUUCGUGGCAGCCCUGCAGAAAUACUGGACCGGCUCAUACAAGAGAGAGAAGAGAGAGGCCGAGGAACGAGGAGCCGCACAUACACAAUAG